AUGUCGGAGGAGAACGGCGCCAUUCGUGCUGGAGUGUUGCAAGACGUUCAGGAAUGGCUCAGCACUAUGCGAGAGCGCUUGGAGUUUUUUGGGAUGGAGGUGGCAAAUUGGUCGAACAAGCAUACGAAGGCGAUAGAGGACGUCAAGAGACUUAGCAACGAUAGCACAGAGAGACUUCAUGCGCACCAUGUGGCAAUGGCGGAGCGCACUGACCAUGUGGAGAGCACGAUGACCAAGUUCUCUGAGAAGUACUGCAGGAUGCUGUCAGACCUGCACCACCAACAUGCGGAGCUCAGCAGUAACAGCGAGUCCAUACUGAGCACCAUGCGGGAUCGCUUGGAGUUGUUCGGGACGGAGAUGAGGCAUUCAUCUAGCAGUCAUGCGAAGGCGAUAGAGGACGUCAAAAGAACUAGUGACGACAGUGCACAUAAACACCAUGCUCGCCACUUGGCAAUCGCGGAGCGUCUUGAUCAUCUGGAGAACACGGUGGCCGAGGUCUCCGAGAGGCACUGCAGGAUGCUGUCGGACUUGCAGCGCCAGCACGCCGAGCUCAGCAGCGGUGGGGAGUCUGUGCCAGACCGCGUGACCCGCGUGGAGCAGCAGCAGCGCGAUUCCGCGGACAGGUUUGCCAAGGAUCGAGCGCGUCGACGCCCUCGAGCGGGCGGCUCGAGACGAGGCUGGCCGGCAGGCCAAGGAGCUCGCGGCCCUGCGGCAGGGGCACCAGGAUCGGAGGAACUGCGGCAGGCGCACCUGGAGCACGCUGGACACGUGUCCCGCGCCGCCGUCGAAGAGAGAAUCGGCUCCGUCGAGAGGCGCGGCUCGAAGCAGGUUGACGAUCUGCGCGGGGAGCUGCUCCGGCACAGGGCUCUCACGGAGGGGCGCCUCGAGGCCUGCGAGGCGCUCCUGCACCGAGAGUUGUCCAGCGCGCAGGACCGCGCCCGCUUGAUCGCCAGGGAGCUGCAGAGGGACGUCGACACCAAGACUGCCCUCGUGAACAAGCUCACGAGGUCGGAGUCGAGUCCCUCCCUGUCGUCGGCCUCGCUCAGGGUCGGCCGCGGUGCGCAGAGCUCCACGCCGAGCCUGUGCUCCCUGGCCCAGAGCCGGUGGGGCAGCGGAGCGCUCCGCAGGGGCGAGGUGGCACGCUUGCCACUGGACGCGGAGAGCGGGAGGCUCAACAUUUUGUUUGGGCCAGCUUUCUUCAAGGUUUCGACCGACGCGCUUCAGGUCCGGCUCCCUGAGGGCGAGGAGCCUGCUGACUCAGUCUCGCUCGGGUGCGUCCGCGCACCGUCGGCGGUCAGGGUCCUAGGCCUGAGAGUCACGGACAUCGAAAUCAUCACAGCUACCAUCAAUGUUCGAUUCAGCGCGUUGUUGAUGGAUUGGGUCCUUCGGUCUCAGAGAAGAUUCAUCUCCAAGAGGGACUCUGGCCCCAGCACCCUCGAGCCAGACACCGUGAGCAUGACCUACUCCGACGCCCUGCUGGCGCAGUCGUCCCUGACGGCCUCAUUCGCUCUGGGCGUCGACGCCGCCUUCCUGAGCCUUUCGCAAGAGUUCAUGUACCUUGUCUUUACGGCCAUGGGUGGCUCGUCAACGGUCGGUGACAUGCUCGCCCUCGCUCGCACGUUCCGCGUCCCGAUGGACGCCAUCACCCGGGCUGGCUUCCGUCAGUUGCUGUUCCUUGUCUUGCUCGCCACCUACCUCGUCAUCGGCCCCUUCUCGCAGCCCGAGCGCGUCCUCCUCCACGAGCAGCCGCGCCGCGGACCCCCGCGCUUCUUGGCCCUCGCCAGGUAUGGUGGCGAGGAGACGCUCUUCUUCCAGCUACUCGUGCUGCUCUGCAGGGUACACUCUGCGCUCUCGCUCGGGGCGCGGGGAUUCCUGCGCCGCGUCUCCCUAGCGCUGGCGGCGGCCCUGCCGCGCCCCGCGGGCUGCGGCCCCGCGGCUGCGGGCAGGACGACCUUCGCCCUGUGCCCGGGCGCCUCGGCCAAGUCCGGCCUCAGGGAGGCCGACCGCAAGGUGGGCGUGGCGCGAAGAGCGGCGGCCGUGGACGCCCCGCCCGGAGGAUGGCCCACGCUGUCCGUCAUCGUGCUCAGCCCUGAGAGCAAGGCCGCGAACCGCUUCGCGAUAGACCAGCUGGCCGAGCAGGAGACUAUCCCGUCGAGCAGAUCAGAGAGAUUCUUGUUCGCGACGCCGAGGGCUUCAGGGACUCGGCCCCGCAGGCUUUCCGGCCCCUGCUGCGCGAGCUCACGGAUGCGUCCAAGGCGAACGUACUCAUCGCCAGCCAGCUCGAGGCGUGCAGCGGCGAGAUGGUGGCGAUCUGGGGCGACGACCAGAUCUCGACGUCGAGCAGGCUGA